AUGACUUCGAAAACCAAAAACAGUACUUCGGCUGCGACGACCGAGAUUUCGAUCAUUACACGAGAUGGACAAGACUUUACAGAGGUCAAGGAAGGACUAGCUCGCAUUCUAGUUCCAUUCUCGACGAAAGACGCCUCAGGCAAGAACCUUGACAAUGUCGAAGAACAACAAAAAGUCUUUUACAACCCUAUCCAACAAUUCAACCGUGACCUUACUGUUCUCGCGAUUAAAGCCUACGGACAGGAGAGAUUAGCGAAGAGACAUCCUGCGAACGCCGAAAAGGUAGCUAAGAGGAAACGCGAGAAGUCUGAUAUCGGUGGCAACAAGUUGAAAAAGCAAGAAAAGACAGAAGAUAUAGCAGAGACCGUACAGGGUGAUACGUCUAUGGUCGAUGCGACCGAGAGCAAUGAGACAAAAUGUAGCGAAAUCAAACGACCUGGUCCCACAUUCACCAUUCUCGAUGCUUUGUCGGCUACGGGACUCCGAGCCUUGCGAUAUGCCCAGGAAUUGCCAUUCGUUACAUCAGUUACCGCAAACGAUCUGAGUCCCACGGCCGUAGAAGCUAUCAAGCGUAACGCCGAACAUAAUGGUGUCGAAUCGAAGGUGAAUGCUACAUCAGGCGAUGCCCGUGUGCACAUGUACUCUCUGCUUACUCGAGAGGAACCGGACGAUGGCGCAAAGGACAAGCAUCGUAAUAAGAAAGGUGCUCAUAGGCCGAACAAGCCAAGCAAGAAAUACGAUGUAAUCGAUUUAGAUCCUUACGGGACCGCUGCUCCUUUCCUGGACGCAGCAUUCAAUGCCAUCCGAGAUGACGGCGGUCUAUUGUGCGUUACAUGUACAGAUUCAGCUGUCUGGGCGUCAAAUGGUUACCCAGAGAAGGCGUUUGCCCUUUACGGCGGUGUCCCUUUGAAGGGAUUUCAUUCUCACGAAGUUGGAUUACGUCUAAUACUCCACAGCCUUGCUUCAACAGCGGCAAGAUACGGACUGGCUAUAGAACCACUCCUAAGUUUAUCGAUCGAUUACUAUUGCCGAAUCUUUGUUAAGGUUAGAAAAUCCCCCGCACAGGUGAAGUUCCUUGCAGGGAAGACCAUGGUCGUGUAUAAUUGCGAUCAAGGCUGCGGAGCUUGGGAGACGCAAUUUUUAGCCCGCCAUAGGAAGGCGCGUAACAAAUCAGGGAAGGGUGUAUUCUACAAACACGGAUUUUCCUUGGCACCUACAGCCGAUCAACUCUGCAAGGAAUGCAACUCUAAGACGCACUUGGCGGGACCGAUGUAUGGUGGGCCGUUGCAUUCUGUCGACUUUAUCCAAAAGGUUUUGGACGAGUUACCCAAUGCUUCCGACGAUAUCUACGGCACGAAGCCGCGCAUAGAGGGAAUGUUACAGACAGCGCUCGAAGAAUUUCUCCCGCCCCCCAAAGACCCUCUUGAGAGCUGCAGAGAAGAUGAAUUUGCUGCGAUUGAGCCAUACCCAUUCUUCUUCCACCCGACAAGUUUGGCACGUGUACUGCACUGCAUCUGUCCUGAUGAAGACAGCUUCAGAGGCGCUCUACGCCAUUUAGGCUAUCACGUCACUCGCAGUCACUGUAAAGCGGGCAGUUUAAAGACCGAUGCGCCAUGGUCGGUUAUUUGGGAUGUCAUGCGAGAAUGGGUUCGUCAGCACCCUAUCAAAGUCGAUAAGGUCAAGGAGAACACUCCAGCGUACACCUUGCUCGGAUUAGGCAAUAAGGGCGAAGCUGUAAAGGACGAGACAGCAAGGGAUGAGACUACAAAGGACGCAAAAAACGACGACGUCGAUAAGCUAGAGAUUGUCUUCAAUCAGACACUCGGACGAGACACGUCUAGAGCCGGUCUCAUUAGCUUGUUUGCCUCAAAUAAACGGAAUAUGUCUAUUCAUAAUUCCAAUGGUGUUACCGCCGACACCGGACAAGUCCAAUCAGACGGUGAUCUUGGCUCUGUUAAACCUGAAGAGAUCGCUUUGAUUUCGAGACGGCCACAAGAAACAGACAAGCCCGAUUCGUACGAUAUUUACAGUCUAGAGGAAGGGACCGGGGAGCAAGGAUCCUUGUUUAAUCUAUCGACAGCUCAGAUCACAAGCGUUCCAGGAGUUUUACUAGAUGAAUUCUUAAAUGAGGAAGUUCCGGAGUACUUGCGGAGCGGGCCGUCACGACAUGUCCAUGUUGUCGUGUCAAGCGGCUCCGGUACGGGGCUCGCUUUAAACUUUUACAAUUCCGUUCUUCGGCCCCUUCUGGAAGGCUUGGGUAUUUAUGCUUUGGAUCCAUCGGCCGAUUUGGCGGAACGGUCGAAACCGAACAAUUAUAAUCUCGUCGUUACACAGCAUGCUAAUAGCGUGCGCGAUUUCGCAAGGGGUCUUGGAGAUUCCAGCCAAGACACGGUACGACAUACCGUUGUCCUUCUCAGUGGUGAUGGCGGUAUCAUUGAUUUUCUCAAUGCAAGAGCACCAAUAGAGGGACCAAAUGCGGAAGCAAAUCUCCCCCUCGUUGCGAUAUUGCCAUUAGGAACAGGGAAUGCGCAUUUCCACUCACAACAUAAACUGGCAAAUAAGAUUACUCCAUCUCCUACGUCCUCUAGUCUAGUUCAAAGCCUGCGUACUUUGUUUCGAGGCAAAGCCGCCCCUCUGCCUUCGUUCAAGGCUGAAUUCCCCCCCGGUUCUCGUAUCAUCACCGGUGAGAGCUCUGAUAAGGAGCUUGAAAGUCAUUCUGAUGUUAUAUCCCAUCUCUAUGGCGGUAUUGUGGCUAGCUACGGCUUCCAUAGCCAAUUGGUCUGGGAGAGCGAUACACCAGAGUAUCGAAAACACGGCGCCGAAAGGUUCAAGAUGGUCGCACAACAGCUUCUCAAAGAGAGCCACGCAUACAAUGCUAUUGUUGAGUUUUCUAGAAAAAAUGGGCCCCACUUACAUCAACUUGACCGAGAUCGACACGCAUACAUUCUAGUUGCCAUGGUUUCCAAUUUGGAGAAGACAUUUACCAUUUCACCGGCCAGCAAACCUCUGGACGGUGAAUUAAGACUAGUUCACUUUGGUGCCGUGAGCGGGCAGAAGACAAUGGAUAUUAUGAUGCAAGCAUAUAACGAAGGGAAGCAUAUCGGUAUGAAAUGGACUAACGAUGACGGCAAGGAAGAAGAGGUUGGAUAUGACGAGGCAAAAGUAGUCAAGAUUACUACUUUAGAAGAAGAUGCGAGGUGGAGGAAGGUCUGUAUCGACGGCACGAUUGUGGAGCUACCUCAGGGUGGUUCCAUGACGGUAACGACGGAGGAAAAUCAUCAUUUGGAGGUAUUGGUAGAUCGGUCUGUUGUGUUAUCUCAGGGAUUAUCUCAGGGCUAA